GAUUUCUAAACAUCUAUUUGUCGUCACUUAUGUAAUUUAAUUUUUUCGUGUCUUUUUUUUGUUUAUAACUUUUAAAUAGUUACAAAAAUCUCAUCAAAAAAUAAAUUAAAUGACUUUUUUUUAAAUUGUUAAUUUGAUUCAUGUUAGUGAGUUCUUUUUCGGUUCGUGAAACUUAUACAGAUUAGAUACAGUCCAAUCCCUUAAGAAGUAGUUAUUAAGUGCCUUAUGAAAUGGGAGAACAUUUGUUAAACACAGUAAACUGUCAUGUCUUUCAUGUUGAUCCAUGCACAAAAAAGGAGUGGUUGCCAAGUAGCACUCAACUUGUUGACGUCUGCUUCUACCAUGAUGUCCCCAGAAAUAUUUUUAGGAUUAUCUCUAUUGAAAAUAAUAAAGUUCUCAUAAAUAGUACAGUACAUCCAGAGACGACAUUUAUCAAAAGUUCUCAUAAGUUUGGGCAGUGGACUGAUUUUUAUUCAAAAUGUAUUUAUGGUGUGGGCUUCGAUGAGGAAGUUGAUCUCAAUAAGUUUAUAGAAUAUUUUGAUGAAGUGAAGAAGCAGGCAGCCCAGGAUAUCUUCACAAACAGUCUUGUGUUACUUAAAGAAAUGCAAUCAAAUGAUUCUUCAGUGGAACAAAUGAGAUACGAGAAUGAUCGAUUGAAGAUUGCUCUGGCUCAGAGUUGUUGCAAUGCCAAAAAAUGGACAGUCGAACUGCAGAUGCUACGAAACACGAACCGCCGAUUGAAGUCUGCUGUCGAGGAGAGCAUCGCCAAUGUUGAAAAGUGGAAUCAGCACAUGAUCACUCUGAAAGAGGAAAAUGCCCAACUUAAAAAUAAGAUAUGUGAGAUGGAGAGGUGUGGUCCGACGAAAGAAAUACUCGAGCAGCAGAAUAGUGAAAUGAGAGCUAGACUGGUCGAUGCGCUAGAAAAGAUGGCUGAACUAC